GCUGGUCUGUGCUGCCAUCUUGUUACCACUGGGGUCAUUGAAGUUUUAAUAUUUUUCUCUCUUUUCCGGUGGUUCUGUAGCGUGUAAAAGCUGCAGGAUGAAGCAAAUAGUGACUAACCAAACUGUUAAAAUCCCAGAAGGGUUGACUGUAUCAGUCAAAUCACGACUGGUGACUGUUAAAGGACCCAGAGGUGUUUUAAAGAGGUCCUUCAAACAUCUUGCACUGGACAUUCGAAUGAUCAGUCCUAGAUUGUUAAAAGUAGAAAAAUGGUUCGGUACCAAGAAAGAACUUGCAGCUGUACGAACUGUCUGUUCUCAUAUUGAAAAUAUGUUGAAAGGUGUAACCAAGGGUUAUAUGUAUAAAAUGCGUGCAGUGUACGCUCAUUUCCCUAUUAAUUGUGUUACUACCGAAAAUAAUAGUGUUGUGGAAAUUAGAAAUUUCCUUGGAGAGAAAUACAUCAGGCGAGUUAAAAUGGCUCCUGGUGUUACAGUUUCCAAUUCAACGAAACAAAAAGAUGAACUUAUUGUUGAAGGAAACUCUUUAGAAGAUGUUUCGAGAUCAGCUGCUCUUAUUCAACAGUCAACAACUGUAAAGAACAAGGAUAUUCGAAUGUUCUUGGACGGUCUAUAUGUGUCUGAAAAAACUACUGUUAUCCAAGAUGAUGAAUAAAUUUUUCUUACAUCAAUACUUUAACUGA